GGGAAUCUCACAGUGGGAUCCCUAAAAGACUCGGAGCCGGAAUCUGAGGGUUUUGAGAAGAGUCGGAUUCAGGGCUAAAAGUCCAAAGGUGCUGGGGAGAAGGGGGGCUUGGAAAGGGAAGUCUGAAGGAAUUCAUAGUGGGGGGAUCCGAGGAGGCUCGGACUGGGGAACAAUGCUCCAGAAUGGGAGAUCUGAACGAGUACGGGCCGGAGGAGGGUCCAUGGGGCCUUGGAUGUUGUCAGAUGGCCGAGCCCAUGGUCUCUCGCCUGGAGCAAGGUCUCACGUUAGGUGUUUAAAGGAGCUCUGGGGUCAGAGAAUGUUCUCUGUGAGGAUUGAGAAGGCAGACGUGUAGUUGGAUGGCCCUUGGAAAGCGUUUGGGAGGAGUGUCUGGAUGUUUUUUGUGUCCACGCAGUGAGCUCGGGGGGCUGCGCUCUGCGGCUUUUGAGAUGCCAAGGACUCGGGUUUUAGAGACCCAGACUAGGUGCAAGGAGUUGAUGUCAAUGGAGGAGCAGGACGCCAGGGUCCCAUCCUUGGAACCAUUCAGGGUGGAGCAGGCACCGCCUGUAAUUUACUAUGUCCCUGACUUCAUCUCCAAAGAAGAGGAAGAGUAUUUGCUUCGACAGGUUUUCAAUGCCCCAAAGCCAAAGUGGACUCAGCUCUCUGGAAGGAAGUUACAGAACUGGGCUUGGGAGCCUCCCUUGAAACCCGAGGGUGGGGGGUAUGGACUCCUGCCCCGCCCAGCCCUGGUGCCCACUCCCCAGCCCCACGAGGAUGGACCACUGUACUACCCGACCGUCAGCACCAUCAGCCUGGGCUCCCACACCAUGCUGGACCUCUACGAGCCGCGACAGCCUGAGGAUGAUGACCCUACAGAACAGCCCCGGCCCCCGCCCCAGCCCACCACCUCGUUGCUGCUGGAACCGCGCAGCCUGCUGGUGCUCCGUGGUUCCGCCUACACACGCCUCCUCCACGGCAUAGCUCCAACCCGCGUAGACACGCUCGACAGCGCCUCCCUGCCGCCCAAUGCAGCCGCUUGCCCGUCGGCGCUGCCGGGAGCCUGCCUGGUGCGCGGCACCCGCGUUUCACUGACCAUCCGCCGCGUGCCUCGCGUGCUGCGCACUGGCCUCCUGCUCGGCAAGUGACUGCCAGGCCUCAGGGCCGCUGGGAUUCCCGCCUCCUGCCCCCUCCGGGUGGCCUCAGCUCUGAUCUGGGAACCCUGGGGAAGAGGCAGCUCCCUUGGUUUAUUUAUCUUCCCAGUUAUCUUGUGGGAACCACAAGAGAAAAUCCCGUUCCCAAUAAACCAAAAACAUCUUU